CUGCGGCGGGCGUGGUGUGUAAGGAGGUGGCCGGCGACGGCCGUUCUCCGUAAGAUGGCGGACCGGCGGCGGCAGCGCGCAUCGCAGGACACGGAGGACGAGGAAUCUGGCGCUUCAGGCUCCGACAGCGGCGGUUCCCCGGCUCGGGGCGGUGCGAGCUGCAGCGGUAGCGCUGGAGGCGGUGGCAGCGGUUCUCUGCCUUCUCAGCGCGGAGGCCGGGCCGGGGCCCUUCAUCUGCGGCGGGUGGAGAGCGGGGGCGCCAAGAGCGCCGAGGAGUCCGAGUGUGAGAGUGAAGAUGGUAUCGAGGGCGAUGCUGUUCUCUCGGAUUAUGAAAGCGCAGAAGACUCAGAAGGUGAAGAAGGGGAAUAUAGUGAAGAGGAAAACUCCAAAGUGGAGCUAAAAUCAGAAGCCAAUGAUGCUGCCAAUUCUUCAGCAAAAGAAGAGAAGGGGGAAGAAAAGCCUGACACCAAAGGCACGGUGACUGGAGAGAGACAGAGUGGGGACGGCCAGGAGAGCACUGAGCCUGUGGAAAACAAAGUGGGUAAAAAAGGCCCUAAGCAUCUGGAUGAUGAUGAAGAUCGGAAGAACCCAGCAUACAUACCCAGGAAAGGGCUCUUCUUUGAGCAUGACCUUCGAGGUCAGACUCAGGAGGAGGAAGUCAGACCCAAAGGGCGUCAGCGAAAGCUAUGGAAAGAUGAAGGCCGCUGGGAGCAUGACAAAUUCAGGGAAGAUGAACAGGCUCCAAAGUCCCGACAGGAACUGAUUGCUCUUUAUGGCUAUGAUAUCCGUUCAGCUCACAAUCCUGAUGACAUUAAACCCCGAAGAAUCCGGAAACCCAGGUUUGGAAGUCCUCCACAGAGAGAUCCCAACUGGACUGGUGAACGGUCAAACAAGUCUCAUCGCCAUCAGGGUCCUGGGGGCACCCUACCACCUAGGACAUUUAUCAAUAGGAAUGCUGCAGGCACUGGUCGCAUGUCUGCUCCCAGGAAUUACUCUCGUUCUGGGGGCUUCAAGGAAGGGCGUGCUGGUUUUCGGCCUGUAGAGGCUGGUGGGCAGCAUGGUAGCCGGUCUGGUGAGACUGUUAAACAUGAGGUUAAUUAUCGGUCACGGCGCCUGGAGCAGACGCCUGUGAGGGAUCCGUCUCCAGAAGCAGAGGCUCAAGCACUUGGCAGUCCUGAGAAGGAAGAAGCUGCCUUAGAGAUACCAGCUCCUGCUCCUGACAUUGUGCCACCAGCCCCUGACCGGCCUGUUGAGAAGAAGUCCUAUUCCCGGGCAAGGAGAACCAGAGUCAAAGCUGGAGAUGCGGUCAAGGUUGCAGAGGAGGUGCCCCCUCCCCCUGAAGGGCUAACUCCAGCUCCUCCAGUGCCAGAAGCUGCCCCUGCUCCACCGGCUAAGACGGGGAACUGGGAGGCUCCUGUAGAUAAUACUACAGGUGGACUUGAACAAGAUGUGGCACAGCUGAAUAUAACAGAACAGAACUGGAGUCCCGGGCAGCCUUCAUAUCUGCAGCCACGUGAACUUCGGGGUGUGCCCAACCACAUACACAUGGGAGCUGGCCCUCCACCGCAGUUUAACCGAAUGGAAGAAAUGGGUGUCCAGGGUGGCCGAGCCAAACGCUAUUCAUCCCAGCGGCAAAGACCUGUGCCAGAGCCCCCUGCUCCCCCCGUGCAUAUCAGUAUCAUGGAGGGACAUUACUACGACCCAUUGCAGUUCCAGGGACCAAUCUAUACCCAUGGUGACAGCCCUGCCCCACUGCCUCCUCAGGGCAUGAUUGUGCAGCCUGAAAUGCACCUUCCCCACCCAGGUUUACAUCCUCACCAGACAGCGGCACCUCUGCCCAACCCAGGCCUCUAUCCCCCACCCGUGUCCAUGUCUCCAGGACAGCCACCACCUCAGCAGUUGCUCGCCCCUACUUACUUUUCUGCUCCAGGCGUCAUGAACUUUGGUAAUCCUAGUUACCCCUAUGCUCCAGGGGCACUGCCUCCCCCACCGCCACCUCAUCUGUAUCCUAAUACGCAGGCCCCAUCCCAGGUGUAUGGAGGCGUGACUUACUAUAACCCCGCGCAGCAGCAGGUGCAGCCAAAGCCCUCCCCGCCUCGGAGGACCCCCCAGCCAGUCAGCAUCAAGCCCCCACCACCUGAGGUUGUAAGCAGGGGUUCCAGUUAAUAUGAGCUUCUGACUAUUUUAAACCUAUCAUAAGAAACAGAGAUGAGACCCGGGAGAGAAGAGGCAUACAUCUGGCUGUCUGCUGCCGGGAGGCCUUCCACGAGACAGGGUGACUCCUGCUGAGGAAGGACACCUCCCGCCUUCCUCUGAGGACAGGCUCUGUCGGAGAAAGGGAGACAAGUGGACUUCUGCCGUCUCCACUCUUCACUUGAGUCGGCUGUGCUCAGAGACGCAAGAUUGGGCAGCCCAGGCUUCUGAGUCCACCUUCAGAAGCCCGUGUCUUUGUUCUUCACUUUUUCCUGGGAAAUGUAAAUACCUACUGCUCUCGGGAAACUUCUUCCUGUAUGUUUUGUUUUCUAAAAUGUUCGUUUUUAAAGCCUGGCUUGCUGUUUUUAAAUUAACAUUAUUUUAGUUUCUAUUUUCUUUCUGUGUCUCAUUAAAUGAGACAAGUUCAUUUUUCUCGUUUGCUCACUCCUCUGGAUUCCCUUCUGGCUCUUCCCUGCAUCCCAGGUAUUGGCAGUGUACCAGCCAGUGUUCCCCCUCCAUGCCGACAAAGAGCUGACCUUGUGUUUGGUUGGCCUUUGCUAUUGUAUAUUUGGAUUCUAUUAAUUCCUCUAACCUUAUGGAAACAGCUGUCUGCAGAGUCCUGUUGUGGAGAAAAGCCCAAGUAUGUGGUAAAAACCCUUCUUGACUCGAGUUUUUAGGCGUCUGAGCCACCAGCACCCCUGUACCCUGGCAUACUUCAGUCCUCUACUGACGGAAAACUGGAGAGAAAGGCAAACCAGAUCCUUUAGUGAGAGAGGGAGGGCAGAAUGAGAGCUUUUGCACCUUAGGUGCAUUUAUUCACACAGUCGGUCAGGCUUGGUCUUGGAGGUAAGUGGAGUUAGAGGCUGCGCUGCUUUUUCCACCCCUCCUGCCACACCCCUUUCCAGUCGCUGUGGACCAAUGCAUCUCUAUGAGACAAAUAUCAUCCAGCAAGCAGUUUGCUUUGUCCUUGGAAUUACUCUUCUCCACAUCUUCUGCAACUCUUUUAGAUGUUACUACCUUCUUUCCCCCAGUUCCUGUCCUUGGAAACAGAGGGUACCACACCUAGGCUUGCACUUAAGGAAGUCAGCCACUUUCAGAUCAAGGACUCCUCCCUCUUCCCCAUCCAUGGCAUCCACUCCCCCGCUGCCUCUACGGAAGAGAUACUUGCAUCUGCGGGGGUAACUUGGCCACUGUUCUGGCCCUUAGAGAACCUGAGGGAGAAGGUGGUAGCUGUGUCUCUUCCCACCGAAAUGUCACUAUUUUGUUCUCUCUGGCAGCUGGCCUAAGCACUCAGUCACAGGUGGGGUGGGAGGGAGAGAGGCGCUCACUGUAACCCCCAAGCAGGAAAUAAGAGAUUUUUCCAGGGGUAGUGGUAGUUGUGCCUUUUGUAGGCUGCUCCCUUUGCCUUAAACCCGAAGAUGUCGCCGCCAGCCUGUGGGCAGCAUGCCCAGAUUCCCAGACCUUAAGACACUGUGACAGUUGUCUCUCUUGGUCCGCUGCGUUUGUUGCAAGAAUUUUUCCAUGCGUGUUGUCUUUGUUACUGUUUUUAAGAGGUGCACACUUGUGAUCGGCAUUGUGACUUGGAGAUAAUAAAAUUUAGACUGUA